AGCCUUGUAUGUUCCUUAUAGUGCUAUCACCAAUCUGCAACAAUUGGUUUAAACAAACUACAAUUCCAACCUGGGAAAAUUCCAAUAAAUUAAUCAAAACUCAAGCCGGCCACGGGCUUGCUUUUUUAUCUUUCUGUCUGUUAGAAUUUUGAUAUCAACUGCUCCUCCGCCGAGUUGGACGUCGUCAUUGCUGUGAUUGUGUUAUAUAAUACAUUCAAUAUAAAUUAUUCCACCCAUCCAUUCAAACGCCCAGACUGCCUGCCAACCACUUUCGACUGAUUAGGCGAGCAUCUUCACCGCUUAAGUGUUCAGUAACGAAGCGAGUGCAGAGGACUUAUCAUCAUGUUCCAGUUAUACGUCGCACUGGCUGUUCUAGCCGUAUGCGUCUACUACAAGUGGUACUGCAGCUAUUGGCGCCGGACGGGCAACAUCGAUGGCCCCCAACCUUUGCCCUUGUUCGGGAAUAUGUUCGAGCAAAUCGUGGGCAGAAAACAUUUCGGUGAAAUCUUCGAAGAGAUUUAUCGCGAAUAUCCUACGGCAAGUUGGAUUGGAAUUUAUGAACUUUUCAAUAAACCGGCUAUCGUUGUUCGGGAUCUUGAACUGGUGAAGGAAGUUCUUGUCGGUAAUUUUCAGAGUUACAACAAAAAUCUGUUCGAAAUAGAUGAACGGAUCGAUCCGCUGCUCGCGGCGAACCCUUUUACGCAGUCGGGCGAACAGUGGAAGAAAACUCGUUCGCAGGUAGUGCCUAUUUUUUCCGCGUCCAAAAUCCGAACAACAUUGCCUGUGAUAGAGAAUGUGGCGGAAAACUUUUUGGAUUAUGUCGACAGAACACGGGAAAGCAAUCCGGACUUUGAGGCCAAAGAAAUUUGUGCCAAGUAUACGAUAGACGUUGUAGCGAGCUGUGCCUUUGGCAUCGAUGCGGAAUCAUUUACAAACCCAAAUGCCGAGUUUCGUCAAAUGUGCUUCCAAAUUUUCAACCCCAGUUCCAUUUUUCCUUGGAUUCGAGCAAUGCUUACGAUAUUUGCUCCCAAAGUCGCAUCCAUCCUUAGAAUUCCCUUCGUCCCAAAAACGGUCGACCAAUGGUUUCGCAAGUUAGUAGCGGAAAUCAUUAGACAACGUAAGCAAGGCACCAAACGGCAGGACAUGUUCCAGGCUAUGUAUGAUUCACUAUCACAGAAUGGGUCUAUCGAUGUAAAGAGCAACGAAAUCGUGGGCCACUCGGUUACAUUUCUCACCGAAGGGUUCGAGACUUCCAGUACACUGAUGAGCCAUCUGCUUUUUGAGUUGGCCAGUAAUCAGAAAAUUCAAGAUCGUGUUUUCAAUGAAAUCAGUGCUGUGUCGAAGGAAUACGAUGGCAAGUUGACCGAUGAAGCUGUGCAAAAACUGAACUACUUGGAAAGAGCCAUGUACGAAACGUUAAGAAUGCACUCUGCGGUUUUCACACUAUCCAAGAUGUGCACCAAAGAGAUUGAAUUGCCAGCUCAGUACCCAACCGAUAGCAAACGAGUGGUGAUCAAGCCGGGAAUGAGCGCAAUUAUCCCAGUCAGGGCUAUCCAUUAUGAUCCGGAGAUUUAUCCCGAUCCCACCAGAUUCGAACCGGAUCGAUUUCUGGAAGAGAACAAACAAGCACGUCAUCGGUACGCUUUCCUAGGCUUCGGGGAAGGACCAAGAAUUUGUCUUGGCAUGAAGUUUGGUCUGACCCAAAGCAAGGUGGGCAUAGCAAAGUUGCUUAGCAAAUACCGAGUUAAGUUAUCCAGUAAGCAGCAGCUGCCGCUCGAAUUCGAAAAGAAAGCGUUUUUGUUAACGGCCAAAAAUGGAAUUUGGAUUAAUUUCGAAGAAAGGACUCACUAGGCAAGUAAGUGGCCUACUAAUAUAAAAUCAAGUUCGAAUAUGUUUCCGCUCAUUUAAGCUAUCCAAAUAUAUGGUUGAUAG